ACUGGCGGGGGGGAGGGGUGGGGUUUAGAGGAAGCGGAAGUGUCAGUGCAAGCGGAAGUGGUACUGCCCUGAAUAUCCAGAGUAGCGAGACGGAGGACGGAGAGAAAGACUCCCAUCGUCCACAGACAAAAGCAGGACUAAAAGUACAUUACUAAUCUUGAAGAUGGACAAGAGCGACCUGGUUCAGAAGGCCAAGCUGGCAGAGCAGGCGGAGCGCUACGACGACAUGGCAGCGGCGAUGAAGGCCGUGACGGAGCAGGGUCACGAGCUCUCCAACGAGGAGCGCAACCUGCUUUCCGUGGCCUAUAAGAACGUGGUGGGCGCCCGCCGCUCGUCCUGGCGCGUCAUCUCCAGCAUCGAGCAGAAGACCGAGAGCAACGAGAAGAAGCAGCAGAUGGCGCGCGAGUACCGCGAGAAGAUCGAGAGCGAGCUGCAGGACAUCUGCAACGAUGUGCUGGGACUUCUCGACAAGUACCUCAUUGCCAAUGCAAGUCAGGCAGAGAGCAAGGUGUUCUACCUGAAAAUGAAAGGGGACUAUUAUAGAUACCUGUCUGAAGUGGCAUCUGGAGACUCCAAGAAAACUACGGUUGAGAAUUCCCAGCAGGCCUAUCAGGAGGCCUUUGAAAUCAGCAAGAAGGAGAUGCAGCCCACACAUCCUAUCAGACUGGGGCUGGCGCUCAACUUCUCCGUUUUCUACUAUGAAAUCCUCAACUCUCCCGAGCAGGCCUGCUCCUUGGCAAAGACGGCUUUCGAUGAAGCAAUCGCUGAACUUGAUACCUUGAAUGAGGAUUCUUACAAAGACAGCACUCUGAUCAUGCAGCUACUAAGGGACAACCUCACUCUGUGGACAUCAGAAAACCAGGGUGAUGAUGGCGAUGUUGGCGAUGGAGAUAACUAAUGUCACAUAGCACCUUCACUUCCCCGUGUCCCGUAUAGUACUCACGUACAGCCCCUAAGUUUUGACAACCUGUAUCGUAUACCCAUAGAGCCCAUAUGUUUCCACUUCCCCGUAUCAUGCACACACACGUCCCCGCAACCGGUGUCGUUCACAUAGAGCCCGUGCAGCUCCAAGUCCUGUACUGUACACACAUACAGUCUGCGCAUCCCCCCGUCCUGUAUUUCCCAGGCGCACACACACGUACAGCCCAUUGCCCCCAACUUCAUUUGGACUCCCUUUCUGUAUGGCAAGCAGCAUGAAUUGUACCCGGCCUGUCAGUCAUGCCCUUUGCAGAAAACGCGAAAGUGACCAAAUAGCAGUCAGUCAGCUGGCACAAUUUUUGGAUCGUGAAUAUUAUCAAGUAGAAAAUCACCCCACCCCCACCCCACCUCACUACCGGUUCCGUUAUUUUAAUUUUUUAUUUUUAAUUCUCCCAUGCAGGUUGUGAAUUAUCAUAUUCAUUUUUUUUUUUAUCUUUUUGUUUUAUAGUGUACCAGCAUUUGCAGGUUUUAUUCAAAGGUUAUUAAAGUGACGGUUUAUUUUCACCAAACACUGUGAUGUUUAGUUGUAUUUCCUCCUCCUGUCCAUAAAUAAUAAUAAUAAAAAAAUCUGCUCUGUGAAAUGCAGAUAUGCGUGGGUUUGGGUAACAGUACAAUUCUGCUGUGGCCUCAUACAGAACGGAAUAACAGGCUGUAUUGUGACACUGACUAACAUGCGCAUUGUUGUUUAAUGUUCAUUAUAUUUUAAAAUGAAACAGAUUUAAUUAAAAAGGGAACCAUUGUGGUUAUUCCCCUCCCCCCUUCCAUUCCACGUUACCGGUUUUGAACAUUCCACAUCACAAAACAAACAUUUCUCAGAUGAGAACAUUUCUGAACAAAUUGGGACAGUUAAUAUAAAUGUACUGUUUGACAUCAGUACAGUGGACAUUUUUUUUUUUUUUUGUUCUUAAAUGUUCUACCUGCACCUCUGCAUAAUGACUGUUUUCAUUGAAACAAAAUGUAAAUUGUAAACAUUUUUUAGAAGUGAAUAUAAAUUUUUCUUAAUGUAAUAUUGUGAACCUGCUUGUUAAAGAACACCUUUAAGCUGUUACCUUUAAAGUUUGUAGACCUGGAUUUUCCAUGCUGGCAGCCUGAACUGACUAAUCAUCGUUCCAUCUUCUGAAGUAGUCUUCAUCAGUCGAAAUCCUAUUGAUGACGAAUGUGAGAAAGUUCUUAAUGUCGGGUUAAUGCAAAGAGGUUUAUGUUGAUGAGUGUUGGGUUCCAGACUUUGGUACGUUUGUUUGCUGCAAGGUGUCUUGUAGAGAAUGUAAACAAAACAAAAGCCUCUUCAAAAUUACUAGGUUAAAAUUUAGGAAAUGUGGUAGAUUAAGGGCUGGGGAAAUAAGGAAAGAAUAAAAUUUAAAAGCUUAAUUCACUCAGUGUCACAAUACCUUGCCAUCACCAUGACAUUCCACUUAGGUGUAGAAGUCACCUGUCUCGGUUCGUCUUGCUGAGGCCAAUGUUUCAUGCACUAAGGAUUCUCCCCUUUAGCUGAACAAAUGGCAGUUACUCUACGCUUGAUUUAAAAAACAAAAAACAAAAAAAAAAAUACCGCAGUAGUGAAUGUGGAACCAAGCCUGUCUGUAUAUCUGGUAUCUCUACUUGCUUUGUUUCUACUGACCAGUAUUCUGCCUAAAGUUUGCUUCUGUGAUGGUUUUAUUCCCUAGCGCGCACGUGGUUGUGAAAAUUUAGAAUAGCUUAAACUUAAAAAAAAGAAAAAAACAAACAAAAAAUACCUGGUUAUUGACGUAAUACUAGAUUUGUGUAUGUCUUUUAAAACAGUUCUAGUUCCACCUUACAUGUAAUAAUCAGGAGAGUGUAAAAGACAAUUUAAAGUGAAAUAAAGUUUUAUCAGUUCCAGA